GUUUGUUUAUAUUUAUCUAGUAGGCCUGAUUUUAGUACAUUUUGUUACUUAGUGGUUAAAAUAGUUUAUUUCACGGAUACAAAUAUUACAAAUUUGUCAGUUCAGUGUUAAAGCUAGACAAAAGCACUUCAGCACUUCGUAUUUUUCAAAAGAUUAUGAUUAACUUAGGCCUAGGUUUUCAUUUCUACACUAGUGGUAUUUUGUUACACAUAAGUUAAUACAUAUUUUUACAGUUAUUAAUUGUUAAACAGUAAGAAACCUACUUUUUCUUGUCAUUUUAUUUCAUAUAGGUCAUUUGUUAAGACUGUUCUAACCUCAAACACAGAGUUAGUACCUGUUAAUGUCUAUUAUCACACAAGGAAAUGGACUUUUCAAGUUCAAUUUUAGGGUUUCUUGUGUUUAUAGCACUGUUGAAUUGUUCAUUUUCUUACAUCCCAAGAAUAUGUCAAAACCAACCUUCAAACGCUAACCUAGGCCUAGAACAGUUCAACCCUGUUGUAUGUGAUGCAAAAUUUGAUCAGCGUUAUGAGGGAACCAUCAACAACACAUGCGAAUAUAUUUAUGUUUUUACAGUCAAUAAGAGUGUAACUCUUCCUCCGAGGGUGACUGUUAGUAGCCACUUGGCGACACCUGACGCUCCUCUGUUAGUCGUGGUGACUCAACUAAAGUCUAUCUUGUCAUGGGAAGUCCCCCUUGUGACUCAGGGUCCUCAAGGAAAUUUCACCUAUAAUCAGACCUCAAGGACGCUUUGUCCGAAUCCGUCUGGUGAACAGUCAGAUGUUGUAGUUACUAUUUCAACAAGGAGCAGUUCACCUAUUCAGUUUGUUCUAUGGGUCAAUAUCACCAAAGAUUUUGACUUAGAGUUGUCCAAGAACUAUACAAUCGCAGUGUCUCCCUCCGAACCACAGUUUUAUCGGUUCAAGUUUGCCGACGACGUCAGUUCCGCAUUGCUACAUGUCAGUUCAGAUGAUGCGCCUUGUAUGACUCUCUCUAUACAGAAUAAUUCGUGCCCUGUGUACGACCUGGAGAAAACAAUUCAGUAUCGAGGACUCUGGCAGACGGUCGUGACUAAAGGAGGUAUAUUUUUGAGGAAAGCAGAGUUCCCUGUCGGACUGUUUGUAGUGUUUGUCGUACACAGCACUAAGGAGGCUUGCCACAAGUUUAACACCGGGGCGGACCACAACCAGACGAAGACUGUGCAGUUCGCUCUAGAGAAGAGCAUCAGUGAAUGGGAUUACAUCGUGGCUGUUUGCAGCGUCCUCAUUGGGUUCCUCAUCAUCUACAUGACUGUUGCUGUUCUUGUUUGCUUUUCUAACAGAACACCUUCAAAUCAAUGCUCUCAAGAAACUCAAGUAGCUGUUGUCGUCAGUACACCCGUACUUCCGUACAUACCUUCAAACUGCGCAACAAGUCCGUCUUCUCUGGGUUCUCCUUGGGGUACAGGGUAUGACGAUGACAGUGAUUUGGAUGACACUGAAGUAGAUAUGCUACAUGAUGCUAGCGAACAAACAGUGAUACUCAGGACCAAGAAGAUAUUGUGUCUGGAUGACGUGGCACAGAAAAACCCACGUGUAUUGAGUCUCAAGUCUAACCAAUACUUGUGGAACAUGCUGACAGUUGCAGUGUUUUACGCACUUCCAGUUGUACAACUAGUGUUCACCUAUCAAUCGGUGCUGAUUUCUUCAGGCAACCAAGACCUCUGUUACUACAACUUCCUUUGCUCCCAUCGUCUGCUGUUUAUGAGCGACUUCAACCAUGUUUUCUCCAAUAUUGGGUACUUACUUUUUGGUGUGCUGUUCCUGUUGUUGACUUAUCGUAGACAGCGACUGUGCCACUCGGUGGGUCAUCACCUGGGCAUACCUUACCACUACGGGAUGUUCUAUGCGUUGGGAGUAGCGCUAUGUAUGGAGGGAGUGUUGAGUGCUUGCUACCACCUCUGCCCAAACCAUUCCAACUUCCAGUUUGACACGUCUUUCAUGUAUGUGCUGUCGAUAUUAUCGAUGGUUAAAAUCUACCAGACACGCCACCCUGACAUAACUGCAAGCGCGUACACUUUCUUUGGCGUGUUGGCGCUUGUCAUCUUCCUAGGAAUGUUUGGUGUGCUGAAUGGCCAGCCGUGGUUUUACGUUGUGUUCACCGGUGCCCAUCUGCUCACCUGUCUCGUCAUCACGGCUCAGAUAUAUCAUGUCGGCACCUGGAAACUCAAUUUUGGAGUGUUCUCUCGUGUUUCCAAUUCCUUCAAGAAUGACUACGGUGCCGGUGGACUGAGAGGCUGCUUGAUGCCUCUGUACCCGGCCAGGAUGAUUCUUUUGUUGCUAGCCAACCUUGGUAACUGGGGCCUGGUAGCUAUGGGAUACUUCCUACAUCUUGGUGACUUUGCUACUUACAUGCUGUCCAUAUUUCUUGCGAAUUUGUUCAUGUACUUCAUUUUCUACAUCGUAAUGAAGCGAGUGUCGAAAGAGAAAAUUUACAAAGCACCUUUGACAUACACAGUGCUGGCUUUUAUGUUUUGGGGUGCUGGAUGUUACUUCUUCUACCAUAAAUCGAUUUCUUGGAAGCUGACUCCGGCAGAGUCUCGGGCCUUCAAUCAGCGUUGUGAGAUACUCAACUUUUACGACAAACAUGACAUUUGGCACUUUCUCUCAGCAGGGGCUUUGUUCUUUUCAUUUAUGAUUCUCCUGACAUUGGAUGAUGAUUUAGCGGAAAAAGAUAGAAGAGAGAUAUCCGUGUUUUAAACCCCGCCUCUACUAACCGUCUAUUGGAUUGUUUUACACGAGUACAGUGAGAAGAAGAGUGUAAAACCGUACAAUAGUUUAUUUUAUACCGAGUUGCCUUUUUUAAGAGUAGGUAGUGUAGUUAAAAUUGAAAGAGUGUAAAUACUUAUUUUUUACUAUUAAUAUUUGCAAUGUGAUAUUCCUAGAUUCUUACCAUAGUUUGGUUAGUAUUUGGAAAAUAACUAUGAAGAUACAAUAAGUUGGCUAUUUUUAUGUAUAUCCUUUAUGUAUAGCAAAUCAUAUUUUGAAAUAACUAUGUUGCUUUGUAAGAUGUUUAUUUAAGAUUAUUUAUGAAGAUUUUAUAUUUAGGUAUUAUGGCAGAAAAAAGGGUGGAAUUAGUGGAUAUAGAAUAUUUUGUCACUUAUCAAGUAGGGAAAUCAGAAUCAGAAUUGUUUAUUGCCAUAAUAAAAAAUGUUCAGGGCAAAAGUCACUAAAACUAAACAAGUAAAAUCACACCCAUUAAAAUAAAGAUACAAACUUCAAGAGUACAUAGGUAAUAUUUUACUAGUACCGUAAAACCCUUUUAACCCAGAUCCCAGUCAACCGAAACCCGGGUUAACCAAAACCAUCAUAAUGAGUAGUGUGUUCGGCUUAGGUACCUAACAGAAUGUGAUAGUGUAUUACAUUCUUUAUUUCUUGUAUUAUUAUUAAUGUAGCGACGACAUGGAUCUCAUACAAAUAGAUAUAUGUUGAGGAAAUAGAUGAUUAUUUUGAUAAACAGAUUUUUGAACACAGUAGAUUUUAAAAUGGCAGCAAUUGAAAUAACAGAAGCGACUAUUGUUGAAGAUCUCCUUAAGUAGACAUAGCCCUUUAGUUCCUACCAUUGGUUAACAAAAUGGUUUGCCCCCUUUAUUUUGGUUUAUCAGGGUUUUAUUGUACUUUACUUGAAACAAUUUUAUGAUAAGUCGAAUGAUGUAAUUUAUGUAAAAUAUCCAUACGACUGUUGUUAAUUGCUUUGCAAAGCUCAGGUCAUUUUUUUAGCUUUUAACACAGUCAUACCCAUUUAAAAAAUAAAAAAACUUUCAAGUUUCCAAAAUUUAAAACUUAGACUUGUCAUUGUAUGAACUAUUUACUUAGUUUAAAAUGUAUAACAAAUAUGCUUUUAUAGUUAGAUUUUAUUUAAUCAUUAACUUUUCUCUGGAAAUCGUGAGUUUUGGCUGGAAAAUGACAUUUAUUAAAAAGACAAUGUAAUAUUUUUUGUUUUCUUCCUUAUUUUUUUUUUGUGACUCCUUAACUAGAGUUCUUGUGAAGCUUUAAAUAGAGGAUGGUUUUAUAUGCUGCAAAAAUGUGUUAACAGAUCUUUUAUGUUGAUUUAUAAAGAUGUAAUUCUAUACAUAAGUAUGAUUCAGCUUCUUUAAAGCUUAUUCAAUAUUGUCAUAAUAGUUUAAUCAUGUUCCCAUUCUUGAAUGAUAAAAUAUUCAUUUUAUGAAAAUAUAUCAUUAUCAUUUUGUAUUAAGUAGUAGUGGUAGAAGUGUGAUAUUUUCUGUUUAGGCCAAAAUAUUUUUUUAUAAACCUUCACCUUUAAUUUAUACCAUUUAUUAUAGUUUUUACCAAAUACACUGUAUUUAAAAAUGAAAUGUAUUAUGAAUUCAAGCCUUUGUAAAAGUUAACAGUAAGUUGUUUUGCUGCAAAACUGGUUUUAGUUAAGUUAUUGUUAUUGACGAUCCUUAAUUUGCAAAUUCACAGGGAACUGAAUUUUUAAUUUUUUAAUUAUUUUAAAA